AUGAGUGCUAAUAUUUUCGAAGGGGCCACUGUCCUAAUUGAUGAUGGCUUUUAUACCUCUGAUGAUAAUGAACAAAAAAAAAAAAAAAAAAACUCAGCUAGCCAAAAUUAUACUAACUUAAAAAAUAAAAAAAGCAAGCUAAAUCAUAAUGACCAAAAUAAUGAAAGUAGUUCCAGUGAUCAAAGUGAAAGUAGCGUAUCUUCAGAUGAAGAUCAAAUAAAUGAAUUUGAAAAACAAAAUAAUAAUGAAUAUAAUAAUUCAAAAGCGAAAAAAAAUGAUGAAUACCAUUAUUUUAACUUGGACAACUACCUAGGUAGCGACGCCGAUUUAAAUGAAGAACAUGAACAGUCAUAUAAUAAUCAAACAAAUAAAAAGGUAAAAGAUAUUAGUGGAAAAGUAUGGAAUGAUUCAGAAGAUGAUGAAUAUGAUGAUGAUUCAUCAUAUGAACAAAAAUUAGAUAGACUUAAAGUAAUUCAAGAGAACGAUAAUAUACAUGACGAAGUAUGUAUUGAUGUUCUUGAUGAAAAAGUAAAUAUAGAAAAUAUUUCUGUUAAAGGUGAUUAUGAUAUAAAUGCUUUUCCUUCCGAAGAUAUAUAUAUAUAUGAUAAUAAAGAGACUGAUAAUAAUAUAUAUAAGACUAAAAAAAAUAAAAAACAAAAUGAAAAAUGUAUUUUUUUAAAAUAUCGAUUACAUCAAUAUACAUUUAAUCAGAUUGAUGAAAAAAAAAUUAAACAAAUUGUUUCUUUGCCAAAUAAAAAUAUAUUUUUAUCUGUUUAUAAAAAUAGUUUGUUUGUUAUGGAAUAUAAAGACGAAGAAUUAAAUGCUUCGAAAAAGUUAAAAUUUAAUAAGUUACUUAAUUAUGUUGAAGAAUACAAUGAAAGUUCCUACAUACUAUCCAAUGAUAUUUUCCUUCGAAAAUAUGACAUGAUCAAAGACACGGUAUAUAAAACUAGAGUCCAUAAUCCAAGCACAGUACUAAUUCCAAAGGAAAUAAAAUUUUACUCUCAAAAUAAUAACUUAGAUGAUGAAACAAAAGAUGAAUUUAGUGAUUUAUAUUCCAUGUCUUUUUAUUCAUCAAAUAAGAUAAAUAUAUAUGAUAUAAGAAGUUAUGAUAUUGUUAAAAGUUUUGAAUUAAAUAACCGUUUUAUAGGUAUGAAUUUUUAUAAAAAAACAAAUAGUUUAUUUGCUAUAGAUAGUAAAGGAUAUAUAUAUAAUUGGUGUUUAAAUACAAAUAAAUUAAUUAAUAAAAUGAUGGAUAAUUAUUCAGUAUUUCCAUCUGCAUUUGAAGUAUAUAAGGAUUACCUAGUUACAUGCUCUUUCAAUGGGUUCCUUAAUUUAUUUGAUAUUAAUAAUUUAAAUAAACCAAUCAAAUCUUUUAAAAAUUUAACCCAUAGUAUUCGAGAUGUAGUUUUCAGUCCAUCUCAUAAUUGUCUAUUAUAUUAUACACAUCUUUUAAAAAAUGGAAUUAGAAUGGUAAAUUUAGAUACAAAUUAUGUAUAUUGUAAUAUACCUUGGCUUACUACACGAUCCAAAUAUAACAUAUAUGCUGCUAAUUUUUUUAACAACGGCAACAAUUUUUGUUUUGCUACAAGCUCUAAUUCUUUUUAUGUUUACGACAUUUGUGGCUACAAUUAG